UCGGGUAGUUGUCUGGGAAAUGGCGGCCGCGGGCUUGGUCGCUGUGGCUACAGCUGCAGAAUAUUCUGGCCCAGUAACGUCAGGAGGUAACCUCUCCGGUGUUAACUGCAGCCCAAGCUCUGGGGCAGGCCCCGGUCCUGGCCCGGGCUCGUGGAGCCGCUCCCUUGAUCGAGCGCUGGAGGAGGCGGCGAUAACUGGGGUGCUGAGCCUGAGCGGCCGGAAACUGAGGGAGUUUCCUCGGGGAGCGGCCAACCACGAUCUGACGGACACCACCCGGGCUGAUCUGUCACGAAAUCGCCUCUCAGAAAUUCCCGUAGAAACAUGUCAGUUUGUUUCUCUUGAGAAUCUCAACCUAUACCAAAAUUGUAUUCGGUAUAUACCAGAGGCAAUUCUAAACCUACAGGCUCUGACAUUCUUAAAUAUUAGUCGGAACCAACUGUCAACACUGCCAGUGCAUAUGUGUAAUUUACCAUUGAAAGUCUUAAUUGCUAGUAAUAACAAAUUGGUCUCACUUCCAGAAGAAAUCGGACAUCUCAGACAUUUAACAGAACUUGAUGUAAGCUGCAAUGAAAUUCAAACAAUACCUUCCCAAAUUGGUAAUUUGGAGGCCUUGAGAGAUCUUAAUGUAAGAAGAAAUCACUUAGUACGUUUGCCCGAAGAGCUGGCAGAGUUGCCUUUAAUACGUUUAGACUUCUCCUGCAAUAAAAUUACAACAAUCCCUGUUUGUUACCGGAACCUAAGGCACCUACAAAUGAUUGCCCUAGAUAACAAUCCAUUACAGUCUCCUCCUGCACAGAUAUGUAUAAAAGGCAAAAUCCACAUAUUUAAGUACCUGAACAUACAGGCUUGUAAGAUUGCUCCAGAUCUGCCAGAUUAUGAUAGGAGACCAUUGGGCUUUGGCUCCUGCCACGAAGAACUAUUCUCAGGUCGCCCCUAUGGAGCUCUUGAUUCAGGUUUCAAUAGUGUUGACAGUGGUGAUAAGAGAUGGUCAGGGAAUGAACCUACAGAUGAAUUUUCAGACUUACCUCUUCGAGUAGCAGAAAUUACUAAAGAACAAAGGCUACGAAGAGAAAACCAGUACCAAGAGAAUCGCAGCAGUUUAGUAGUAACAAAUGGUGGAGCGGAACAUGAUCUGGAUCAGAUUGACUACAUUGACUAUGCUGCAGAGGACGAAGAGGACGAGGCGAGACAGCCCAAGGGCCUGCACUCAGACAGCCUCAGUUCACAGUUCAUGGCAUAUAUUGAACAACGGCGGAUCUCUCAUGAGGGAUCACCAGUAAAGCCAGUACCCAUGAGGGAGUUUCAAAAAACAGAAGACAUGAGAAGAUAUUCACAUCAAAACAGGGUUCCAGUUGAGCCAUCUCUCGUGUCACUAUCACCAAGUCACAAUCAGGCAUCACAUACAGACUUAGAACUUCAUCGGAGAAGAGAACAAUUAGUGGAGCACACUCGGAGAGAGGCGCAGCUUGCUGCCAUACAGUAUGAGGAGGAGAAAAUACGGACCAAGCAGAUUCAGAGAGAUGCUGUCCUGGACUUUGUCAAACAAAAAGCGUCACACAGUCCACAAAAACACGCCCCCUUCAGUGGCGAGUGUUCCUUCCCAUCCAGAAGGUCUCAACACACUGAUGAUAGUGCCUUGUUAGUGUUGCUGUCAGGGUUGAAUCAAGUGGGCUGUGCUGCUACCCUGCCUCCUCCUUCUGCCUUCACAGCUGUUAAGAAUGAUGACCGAUCUAAUGCUGUAUCAAGUUCACCUACAACAGAAACAGGUCAUCAUUUCCCUGCAUAUUCUUUUCCUGCUGCUCUCCAGAGAAACCAGACCCAGCGCCCUGAAAGCUUCCUUUUCCGAUCAGCUGUCAGAGCCGAAACAAAUAAUAAAGGUCAUACUUCACCCCUUCUUUCAUCUUCUGCAACUACUACUGAUCCUACAGAUCCGAUAACAAGACAGAAUUCAAGGCAGAGAGAAGAAGAACUGGAAUCGAUAGAUCAACUACGGAAACAUAUUGAGUACCGGUUGAAAGUGUCUCUGCCUUGUGAUCUUGGAGCAGCUCUAACUGAUGGUGUUGUUCUUUGCCAUUUGGCCAAUCACGUGCGGCCUCGAUCUGUCCCAAGUAUUCAUGUUCCCUCACCAGCUGUGCCUAAAUUAACAAUGGCAAAAUGCAGGCGAAAUGUGGAGAAUUUCCUAGAAGCUUGCAGAAAAAUCGGCGUACCUCAGGACAAUCUUUGUUCCCCUUCUGACAUCCUUCAGCUAAACCUCAGCGUUAAGAGAACUGUUGAAACACUACUUUCUCUUGGGGCACAAUCAGAAGAAUCCAGUUUUGUCUCUCUGUCUAUGCAGCUUUUGGGUUUUGUGGCAUUUUAUUGUACUUUAAUGUUGACUCUCUGUAUGCUUUAUUACUGGAUCUUCCCCCUCUAGCAGCAAGAUUGCAUUCCAGUGGUUUUUCACCUCAUUCCUAUGUUUGGUAAAGGAGGUUUGUUUCUUUGUUCAGAAAUAUUCACACAGGUGCUUUUUCCUGGCCAUCAAAGAGUGAACCGAUAAAGUAGACUAAUCCUUUCCUCAUAUGUCCAGGUGAGCAGCGACCACAUUAGUUAGUGAGCGUUGAUGAGGACUAGAAAAGAGCAAAAGCAUUUUUCCCCUGGUCAUUCGACUAUUCUCCUGGCCUGUGGUCUUGUUUUUCGUUAAGUGCUGAAGUGUUUCUACUAAUACAAUCCUGAGCCCAUUCUUAGAAUAUGACUAAGAACUUUAUUUCCAAGUUACAUAGUAAAGUUCCCAUCUGGCCAUUUUUCCAUACCUGAACACAACUUAAGUGCUGAAAUUGUAAGUUGCUGAACAUUUUCAACAGCUGCUCAUAAGGGGAAUAGUUGUACCCUUUCUGGUUUAGGGGGCAUGUGGUCACUUAAAUCCUUGCAUUGAACUGGGCCCUGAAAUCUCCCUUUUGGCUCUUUGGCAUCUGGAAGGCACCAGUCAUUCAAUUUUUAAAUUUUUAAAUUGAUCAGAAUUUUCAGUCCAGAGGUCAGAUAGGUUCUCUAGAUUGUUUUCUGAGCCUAAUGUGUACGUUUUAGUACACAACAAGCAAAUGAUCUGGAACUGACUGCAGGGAUCGGCACCUGUCCAGAUUUACGAUGCGUUUAUCUUUAACUGAACUUCACUUCUAGAAUCCUACUGAGAAUUUAAAAUUGGAAUUUAUGUAACUUCCAAUACAGUUGGACCAUCUUAAUAGGUGAACUUGUAUUUUAUAGGUGUUGAGGAGAGUAUAUCAACAGUAGUAGUAGGUAAAGUAUUAGGCAGCAGUGAAUAUUGUCGCUUUCGGAAUGCUUAUUAGUAUAUUAGCUGCUAGCCUUAAUGCUUGAGACUACUUUAUAAUUGCAGAUUCUAGUUCUCAUAGUGUUUCUAAACAUUCAGGAAUCUCCCAAACUCUCUUAACAAAAUGAGACAACUGAUCACAAGUAUGAAGGAGUAUAUAACAUGCUGUUGUAGAAGUCAGCCUGAAGGUCUGAUUGCUUCCAUUUUCUUCCAUGUUUAAUGAGACAGUUACUUACCACAUUAAAAAACUGUUUACUGUUAAUGCCAAAACAUUGAAAACUGUAUUGAAAACUUUAGUUUUAUACAGUAGUACUGCCUUUCAGAUUUGAUGGGGCUGUUUUAACAUGUUUCUGAGUCAGAGAUCAUUCAGUUUUGUAGACUUUUGUUCCUUUAAAAAAAACCUCAAAAAAUACAUUGUUUCAUGUGUGGUUCUGAGGGAGUGAUUGUGCAUUCUUUUCACAUCAUACAGGUUCCCUCUAAGCAGCUGAAGGCAACCGUGCGCCUGGAAAGCAUGGCCUCUGCGGACGUGUCUCAGUCACGGGCCACACAGGCCGCAAAGGCGUUGCCAAGAACUAGGUCUCUCCCAAGAGCAAAGCACCCUGAAAGUUCAUUUUAAGUGUAGUUAACCCAUACUUGCAGUUAUACUCAAAGUAUUUAUACAUAGUUAUAGUUUUGUAAGAGCAAAAGAUUGCAGUUAUCUUGUUUUAUCAAAUAAGUAUUUUUUUAAAAAAAAGACAGAAGCAUAAGGACCAAUAACUGCUCACACAAUAAAUACUUGGUAUAUUUUUUUAUUGCAACUGACUUUGUACAUCUUCCUAAUAAUACAGUAACUGCCAAUGAAAAGUUGAGAAAAAUCCACUUAUCUUAUUUAACAUGUACAGUGUUGUUUUUUAAAUGAAACCACAAUCCCACUUUGUCCUUUGUGAGAGCAAUCUGUUUUCUUUCUGAAUAUUUCUUCUUAAAAGAAAAACCAGUGAUAGGUGUCACUCUUAACACGUCUUUUUCUCUUACAAAAAGGAUUAACCAAACAAAUUAAUGAGACAAACAAGAUAGAAUAUUUAACUUCCUUAAGCAAACAUGUAAAUGGUUUUUAAAUACAUGGUAAUUAAGUUAUUCCUGAGUAAGCUCACAUCAUAAUUCUCCAGUAUAAUUUAUUCAUUACAUACCAGCAGGAUAUGAAAUACUUUACUUUUUCAAAUACAAUUUUUUUUUUAAUUUUAUAAUUCAGAUUUUUAACUAAUUCGAACUGGGCCUUCCAUGAAUUAUCCAAAGUAGAGGAAAGUUUCUCAAAUAGAUCUAAAUCUCAAGGAAACACUUCAGUUUCCUCCCAUGAUCCCUGACCGGUAUGGGAGCUCUGAGUAGGACAGCUCUGCUUUUCACGGUCAAGAGAGUAUAAUGCACAAAGCAGGCCAACCUGUCUAGUGCAGUGUUGGGAUGGCAUGAAACAAUCUUGUAUUCCUAGGGUAUGUAAUUUCCAAAGUGCUUUCUCCUACCAUGUUACAUCUUUUCAGGCUUGAGCAAUCUAUCUGGAAAUAAUGUGUAACUUUUUCUAUUUUCACCAUAUUGAUCUGCAUUGCUCUUUCAUUUAUUAGGGAUGAAGAAUGUUGCUUUCACUCCGUAGUAUUAUUUAUCUUCUGUUGUAUGUGUAAGUGUAUAUAACUUGUCCAUUUUCCAGUUUUCAAAAUGAUCUGUAUGUACUUUUGGUUAUGUUAAUAAAGUGAUAGUGUGAGAUACCAUCUUUAUGUAACUCGUAUUAACAGAGGUCAGUUUCCCAGGUACUGACUUUUCAUAUCUCACUUGGUUAUCAUUAUGUGGGGAAGAAGAGAUGCUUAUUUUUUCUUUUCAGUUCUGUGAUGUUCAUCCUAUUUUCUCUUGUGUUUUUAUGUCACGUUCUCCCAUUUCAGGAGCAAUUAUGUUUGCCUCUCCACAUUUUAGAAGAGAAAGGUUUGAGCCAGGUUGCAGUGACGGUCCAGGCUCUCCUGGAACUUGCCCCACCCAAACAGCAGCCGCCGCCGCCGCAGCACCAGCACCAGUUACCUGCUGUGUAA